ACUAGGGCGGUUAGAUUUGAAUACUUCAGGGACGUUGAGAGGUGACGUCCGACUCCAAGGAGCGCGAGGACCCCAGACAAGUCAAGCAGGUGGUCGGUGGCGGGUCAGAAUGCUCCUUUCCGUUCUGGGCUCCUGAGAGGGCUCGGGUUCUGUUUGAGUGCUGAAGGGCGGGCGCGGGUUGCUGAGGUCGCUCGGUCGUCGGGGCGAUCUCGGAAAGGCCCUGCAGCCGACCGGACCGCGCGAGCGCCAACGGCCCGCUCUCCUUCUCCUGGAGCGCCGCGUUUCGCUUCUCCUUUCCCAAAGCCGCUCCAUUCCCGGGGUCGUGUCGUCUGCGCGGUGCGCCGUGGGCCUCCGGGUUCGCCCCGCCCAUCAUCUUUGGUCAGGGCUCCGGGAUCCGGUCCCACCGUCUCUCGCCAACUCCUUGUGAAAAAAGUUUUCAAAAAUGGAUGGGGUAUAUUCAGAAGCUAAUGAAGAGAAUGACAAUACACAGAGACCUGUUAGAAGACAGCAUUCCUCAAUUUUGAAACCCCCAAGGAGUCCUCUUCAGGACCUCAAAUGUGGAAAUCAAACAAACCAGGAACCUAAUCCUCCAAGAAAAAGGAAAAGCUCUCGUCGAGUCAGCUUUGCAGAUACUAUAAAAGUAUUCCAGACAGAGUCUCACAUGAAAACAGAGAGAAAUUCAGAAAUUUCAGGUAUGAACACUUUGCUUUGUGCUCCAAUUCAGACUCAGAUGCAACAAAAGGAGUUCUCAAUUACAGACUGCAACCAUGAAAGGAAACAUGCAAAUGAUCAGACAGUCAUCUUUUCAGAUGAAAACCAGAUGGAUCUGACAGCAAGUCACACUGUAAUGAUUACCAAAGGUCUUUCAGACUGUACCAAAAAUGAAAAUUCUACAAAAAUAGAUACCACGUCCUUUCUGGAGAAUUUAAAGCAUCAUGCUGCAAAUUCAAGAAUUAAAAAGGAUUUAGCAUGUUCCACAGUUUCCUUAAGUCAAAACAUUUUCUCAGAAAAGAUCAAUUCUGACAACUUCAUAAAAAGAUUGAAGACAGGAAAACAUAUUUCGUCUUCUACAGAGCUUGAUAAGGAAAAUGCUGAGAUACCUGUUUAUUCCAAAGACUCAAACAGUGCCUCUUCAACAUAUCAAAUGCAUGCAUCUCUUGGUGUAGAUGAAAAUAGUAGUAAUAGGACUAGAAUCUUUAGAGAACAAGAUGAUGGUAUGAAUUUGACCCAAUGUCAUACAGCCUGUAUUAAGACUUGGAUUCCUCCAUCCACGGAGGCCAAAAUAGGAGAAUUCAAAGGUGAUAAAACAAUUUAUGGCAAUGAGUGUAUGGAGUUGACAACUAACUAUACGAUACAGGUUUUGUCAUCAGAAAAUAAUUUAUCUGAAAGAGAAACUCAAACUCAAAAUGGUAUGAAUGUUACAACAGUUGAUGGAGCUACAGCUCCAGCUCCAGAGAAGAAAACAGCCCUUAAGGAUAAACUAAAUGCUGCUUUUCAAGGCUCUUUCCCAAACCCUGAAAAUAAAAUUCAUAUUAUCAAAUGUCAUCCUAUAGAGUCAGAAACUCAUACAGUCACACAGAUUUCUAGUCAAAGUGCCAGCACAUUGGCUGUAACUUCAAAAUCUAUAUGUUCUAGUCCAGCUAUUGAGGGGUAUAAGACAAUUUUUCAUUCUAGUAGCAAUGAUGCAAUGGAACUGACUAAGUGUCUAUCAGCUAUGGAAGAGGAAAAAAAAUUGCUGAAGGCUGAUGAUAAGUAUUCUAAAAUAUGUACCAAUCCAGAUGCUGGCCCACUCAGAGAGAAAACUAUUUAUUUAGAAGAGGAUAGCAUGGACAUUACCAAAAGUCACACCGUUGCAAUAGAUAAUAAAAUAUUUAAACAUGAUCAAGAAAACAUUAAAAAAGAAAUAAUAGCCAUACCAAUAUUUGAAAAGGAAAUGGUGCUCCGAAAUCUUAUGCCUAUGUCAAAAGAUGAGAAAAGGGAUGUAAAUUAUAUUUCAGUUCCUCAAGUAUCUAAGGAAAGCUUACAACGGAGUCAGACAAACACUUUAUCUGUUUCAUUGACUGACAAAAAGAUGGAAUUCUUGGCAGAUGAAGAUAUGGAUCUGACUAAAAGUCACACAACUAAGUUAAGUCAAGUUAUUCCUACAACUUUUGACUUAGCAUCAAAGAAUGUCACCAAAUCAUACUCUCACAGCAAAAGCCCUUUAAAUGAGUGGGAAAGCCUGGAUAAACAAGUAGUGCUAGGCCAGCAUUCUAAACUUCCUUUACCACAGAGGAAAGAUAGAGAUGAUCCUGACUGUUCUCAUCAUAAGAUAAUGUAUUCAGAGGAGUUACAAACUAUGGAUCUAACCAAGAGCCACACUAUUGUAAUUGGCUUUGGUCCUUCUGAAGUACAAGAACAUAGUAAAAUUAAUUUAGAACACAAAAACAGCCAACUUACAGCAGAAAGCAUACAAACAGCUGUGAACGUUCCUGCAGCAAACUCUAGAGUAGUAACAACUAAUGAUAUGGACAUGUUAAAGGACAGAAGUACACAUAAGCCAGAAUUGCUGAAGGAAAAGCAAAACAUCAAAAUCUAUGGAAGAAAAAGUAUUGGUAGACUGAAAAUUGAUAAAACUAUAUUAUUUUCAGAGGGUAAUGAGGGUGAUAUGGAUAUCACCAAGAGUUGCACAGUCAAAAUAAAUCAUAGAUCUUUAUUAGAUAAGCAUGAUUCUCAUUUAGUAUCUUUGGCAGGAACUUCUAAAACCAUUUUGCAUGCACGUGGUCAGGUUGAAAUGGAAAUCAAUAGAAGUCACACAACUCCUUUAGAAUGUAAAAUUAUCUCGCCCAGUGAUAUAACUCCUGGUGAUCUGGAUAAGACUAUGAUGUCUAUAGAUGAUCAUGAGGAACUAGACAUGACCAAGUCCCAUACUGUUUUCAUUGACUACCAAGCAGAGGCAAAAGGUGUACUUCCAGACAGACUUGACUUUCAAUUAUCCAAAAAGGAAAGCCUACAGAAGCCGAAAGUGACAUCUCUGGCUGAAGAGAUUUACAUUUCAAAAAAUAGUGAAAGCAACCAUCUACCAGCAAAAGGCAGCCAGCUAACAAUAUUAGAGGAAGGGUCUAAUAGCGGGCUUGGAGAGGAAACUAAUGAUGCACAAAAGCCUGGAUUUCUGAAUGAACUUCUGUCAGGCAAAACUCAGAGAAGAAAAAGCCUUAGCCUCAAAAACAAGAGUAUUACAUUUCCAGAGAAUGAUAAAAGUUAUAGAGAGAUCCCUCAGAGUUCUGCAGUAGAAAUAAAUAAUGAAACUAGGCUGGAAGACAGAAAGGGCUUCAGUUUUGUGCCAUUGGCAGGAACUUCCAAACCAGUUUUGUCUGCAUAUGGGCCCGAGGACAUGGAGAUUUCUAUAGGUCAAACCACUGCUUCAGAAUAUAAAACUGUCCCACCAGAAGAAAUAACUACUAUACCUAUGGAUAAAACUGUAAUGUUUGUAGAUAAUUUCGGUGAUCUGGAUGUCACCAGAUCCCAUACGGUUUUCAUCGAUUGUCAAGCCAAAGAAAAGGUACUUGAUGAAUAUACUAACUUGGGAAUACAGAAAACAAAAACUUUGAGUGGUUCUGAAGGUGAUACCCAUAUUCAAGAAAUCACAAAAAACCCAGCAGCUCAACACAAACACCAUAUGACAACUGUUAUUCCUUCUAGUACAGUAGUUAGUGAUCAAAGUUCAAUGAAAAUCAAGUUUCACAAAGCUGAUAGAGAUGAGGAGGUCAAAGGAAAGGAAGUGGAAGCCAAUAUGCUGAAACAAACUAAACCUGAAAGCUGUCUGUUAAAUAUAACAGAUGGAAAAAAUGUGGAUUUUACAAGCAGUUAUACAGCUGAUGUUUGUAGAUCCAGUGACAAGUAUUCCUCUUUACCAAAUAUUUCUUCUUCUGAUAAUUCGGGUGGUAAUACUAUGUCCUUGUGUGAUAAAAAUAAGGAGAAAGCUUAUAAUUGCCAAGUGCCAAAUGAAUUUACUUAUGCAGCUAUCUUACCAAGUACAUAUCACAUGGAUUCUAAAAAACUGUCUGUCUUUCCACCUUGUCCUUCAAAAGAAGUCACUCAAACUGAAAGUGCCAUAGCGCUGCUUAAAGAUGAAGAUCCGGUAGAAGAGCCUCUGGGGGAGAUGGCUACAUUUAACUCAAAGCAUGUAUCUCUUAACCUGGCAAAGGAUCAAACAGAGGCCUUUGUUGAUGUUAGUGUUGCUUCUCAGCCUCAUCUCUCAGCCCAACAAAGUCCAUCAACUCAAAAAGGGCAGGAUGUUGCCCGUAGAGAUGAAGGAAUAUUAGCUAAAGCUGGGAAGAAGGCUUUACCUUUUCUUCUAGAAAAUGUCGCUGCAUCCACAUGGGAAAAUGAGUCCAAAAUACCCACUAAUGUGGAACACUUUGCUGUAACCUAUGAAAAAGAACUGAGUAUAAGUAUUCAAACAGAUAAAUGUAAUACAAAUGUACAGAGCCCUAGUAACUCGGCCCUGACAACACAAGUCAUUCAGACGCAUGCAAAUGCUGAAGGAGCACUAGACUUUUUAGUUCCAUCUACUGUUUCAUGUUUUAGUAGUACCAAACCAAGUCUGAGUAAUUUGAAUAGAAAAACUGAGGAGGUCUUAGACUUUCAGACUGUUAAUUUAUUACCUCCUGCCGAACAGUUACUUGAAGAAGGAAGUCAGGCACAUAGUAUGAGUAUAGUACAAGCUACAGAAAUAUAUAGACUAGGUUCCAGGAAUGAUAGAGAUGAAGAAAGUAAAACUUUCUGUAAUGAGGCUGAAACUACAUCUGUACCACUAAAAACAGCUGUUAAAGACAAAACAAGAAGAUGUUCAUUGGGGAUAUUUUUACCCAAAUUACCAAGCAAGAGAAGUUGUAGUAUCACUGGUGUUGAUGACCUGGAACAGAUUCUAGCAGAUGCAGCUGACUUAACUCAACUAGAAACUCAGCCAGUCUGUAGUAAAGAUCCAGGCAUUGGAUCUGUUGCAGCCAAACUGAAUUUGAGUCCAUCUCAGUUUAUAAAUGAGGAAAAUCUCCCUGUAUAUCCUGGUGAGAUACUUUCAUCAGAUUCUGUUAGCCUGGACAUUGAGGAAAGUGUUCUGAUUGACACAUCUCAGAGAGAGAGUUUACCGUCUGAAAACAAAACCGAAAACUGCAGGGCCCAAAAAAGAACCCGGGUUGAAGAAAAUGAUGUUACAAAUGAGAAAAAAAUCAGAACACAUGACAGUGCACAAGAUCAAGAGAUUUUUGAUAAUCAUAUGGAAGAGGAUAUCAAUAAAAAUGUCAACAGUGUAUUGCUGAAAAGCCUGAGCAGGACACCGUCUAGUUGCAGCAGCUCUCUGGAUUCAAUCAAGUCUGAUGGACUCUCUCUGGAUGUCAGCACACAGCGUAAUAGCCAAAUGGAAUCACAGUUUCUUGGUGACACUAUCUCUGAAGAGAGUUUGAAGGAGAAACUCAAGGAUGGACAAAUUACAAUAAAGGAGUUCUUCAUACUUCUUCAGGUCCACAUCUUAAUACAGAAACCUAGGCAGAGCACUCUCCCAGCCAAAUUUACUAUAAACACAUUACCUACCACAGAAGAUCUGAUGUUGAGACAAUAUGUUUAUGGACCCAGGAUACAGAUUUAUAAAGAAGACUGUGAGCUUCUUCGACAAAAGAUUGACGAAUUAAAGAUAUCUGCAUUGAACCAAAAUAAACUAUUGGCGGAUGUAAAUAGGAACUUGUGGGAAAAAGUGAAAGACUACUCUGAUGAAGAGCUGAAGAACUAUGGGAUUUACCUUAACAAAAUCAAAUCACGUUAUACCAAGAUGACAAAAGUCUUCAAUCACCAAGGAAAAGUGGCUCUGUAUAACAAAUUGGUGCAUUCAGCUGAGAAUGAGAAGAACAAACUUCAGAUAAAAAUAAAUGAGAUGGACACUAUCCUCAAGAAGAUCAAUAACUGUCUCGCUGAAGUGGAAACAGAAACUAAGAAUUUGGAGAAUGAAGAGAAAAAUGAUGCCAUGGAAGAAUGGGAUUCUGAAAUGAGAGAUGCAGAGAAAGAACUGGAACAGCUGAAAACUGAAGAAGAGGAGCUUCAGAGAAAGUUCUUAGAAGUAGAGACACAGAAAACGCAGACCCUUGCUCAGAUAGAAUUUAUAAAAGAACAAACAACUAAAACUGAAGAAUUACUGGAUCAAUUGAGUUUGUCUGAGUGGGAUGUCAUUGAGUGGAGUGAUGAUCAAGCUGUAUUUACCUUUGUCUAUGAUUCAAUAGAACUCAUCAUCACCUUUGGAGAGCCACUAGUUGGUCUCCCUUUUUUGGACAAGGCUUGCAGGAAGAUUAAUGCACUCAGUUUUCAGUCUCUGUUAGAUGAAGAUAAAGCUCCUCCCUCCUCCCUUUUAGUUCACAAGCUUAUUUUUCAGUACAUUGAGGAACAGGAAUCCUGGAAGAAGAAAUGCACAGCACAGCAUCAGGUGCCCCAGAUGCUUCAAGAACUCUCACUGGUAGUGAACCAUUGUAGGCUUCUUGGAGAGGAGAUCGAAUUUUUAAAGCGAUGGGGGCCAAAUUAUAGCCUAAUGCAUAUAAAUGUGAAUAAUACUGAAUUGAGGCUUUUAUUCUCCAGUUGUGCAGCAUUUGCAAAGUUUGAGAUAACUUUGUCUCCCUCGGCCCAUUAUCCCUUGGUCCCGUUACCGUUCACCAUUCACAAUCACAUUGGGAAGACUGGCCAUGAUGAAAUUGCUGCAAUUAUCUCUAAAGUGCCCUUAGAGGAAAACUACCUGAAGAAUGUAGUCAAGCAAAUUUACCAAGAUCUACUUAAGGACUGAAAGUUUUCCCGUAAGACCCACAGAUCACAGCUAUAACAACAAAGGAAAAAAAAAUCCAUUUACCCAGGCCCCAUAUAGAGGCAAACGCUUAUAAUCUCAGGAUUCCAGUGAGAGAAGAUCAAGGCUAGCCUGGGCUGUCUAGGAGACCUGGUUGAAAAACAAAAUACUUAAAUGAUAUAUCGGGGUCAAUAUUGAUAUUUAUCUUUUGUCUUAACAUCAUAUAAAAGUAGCAAAAUUCUGCCAGGUGGUGGUGGUACACGCCUUUAAUCCCAGCACUUGGGAGGCAGAGGCAGGCGGAUUUCUGAGUUCGAGGCCAGCCUGGUCUACAGAGUGAGUUCCAGAUCAGCCCAGGCUAUACAGAGAAACCCUGUCUUGAAAAACAAAAACAAAACAAACAAAAAUGCAAAAUUCCUCCUGAUGAUAUCAUAAUUAAUUUGUAUCAUUAGUUUUAAAAUACCUAGUUGAAAAUGAUGAGGUCUCAAAUAGCAUGUUAUCUGCUUGCUAUUAUCCUUAUACCCAAGAUUAAAUGAUCAAACAUGUGAGAAAAUUUUCCUAAAGUAGCUUGUUGAUAGACCACUUACCUUGUGUGUAUAAAGCCCUAUUUUUUAAAAAGUCUAAAGUUGUGCUCUUCUCUUAAUACAAGCUCUAAGGGGUAACAUUUAUAAGGAGGUAGUGCACAAAGAUUAAGCCUUUCCUCUUUUUGGGUUUUUUUUGGGGGGGGGGGGUGUUUGGUGUUGUUUUUAUUUGUUUUGGUUUUUGGUUUUUCGAGACAGGAUGUCUCUGUGUAGCCCUGGCUGUCCUGGAACUCACUUUGUAGACCAGGCUGGCCUUAAACUGAGAAAUCUACCUGCCUCUGCCUUCCAAGUGCUGGGAUUAAAGGCAUGCGCCACCACUGCCUAGCUAAUCAUUUCUUGUUAUCUAGAGCUGUGUAUUUAUGGGUUUUGCCUAGCAGAUAUGUCUAGAGUGGAAACACUUCUAUCAGGUUCUGGUAGAACAUAUCUAUGGCUGCAGAUACUCAGAUCACUGAAAGAGGGAGACCACAUGAUCUCAUGACUUCAAGACGAGCACGGUCAACAUAGCCAGGGAGAUUUGUCUCCAUAACACCAACAGAACAUAUCUAUUCACAAAUUAUUCAUUCUUCUCCAUUUCAGAAAUGCUGUUUAAAAAAAAAAACUACUCAACUUUUGGAAUGGUUGCCAUCUUGCAAGUCUUAGUAUUUUUUUACAAUGUUUAUUAAUGUUUUCUCUUUCUAAUGUAUAUUCUUUUUAUUUCUCAUGUAUACUCUUUCUAGGAAAAGAUCAUUCAUUUUGGCCUGAUAUAUUAUGUAAAUAUAUGAAUAUUUUGUAUUUGUAAUAUAUGUGGUAAUGAAAUAAUUUGCCUUCGGUAUAGGUCAUUUCCUUAUCUAUAAAGAAUGCUUUACAGGCCGGGCGUGGUAGCGCAUGCCUUUGUUUUGUUUUGUUUUGUUUUGUUUUGUUUUGUUUUGUUUUGUUUUUCCGAGACAGGGUUUCUUUAUGUAGCGCUGGCUGUCCUAGAACUCACUCUGUAGACCAGGCUGGCCUCCAACUCAGAAAUCUGCCUGCCUCUACCUCUGCCUCUGCCUCCUGAGUGCUGGGAUUAAAGCACUGGCUUCAAUCUUUUUUUAAUAACAAAAUUUAAACAAUAUCACAUUGCUAUACAAGUUUCUCACAAUCAUUCUAAACUAUUGCUUUCUGAAACCACACUUUUACUCAUAUACAAGAACAAUACAUAGAUUGUUUAAUAAAUUAACAGUAUUGUCUCUGAGGUAGACAAAUGUGAACGAACUUUCCCCCUACAUGCUAGUCAAUUCUUAAUCAUGGUAACUUUUGUUUCUUUUAUAUUUAAUUCUAAACUGUGUUUACAUCUUAAAAUUAAUUUAUCUUAAAUUUUUACUUUUUAUAUCAUGGUAAAGUCCUUUUAGUCCCACAAAUGUUUUUUAUCUUUUUUUUUUUUUGAAAGUUUUUACUUAUGAUCUAUACAUCAAAAGGUUACACACUCUAAUGGCUUUCAAAAGUCAACACAAAACUCUUUUGACUUAGAAAUUAAGCCAAAUCGCUUCUCGGCCUCAAGAAAUUAAGCCAAGAUACCCGUAAAAAUCUUUUAAAGUCAUCAGUAUGGUUUGUUUCCUAUGAGAUUUAAUUCAUCCUUUUUCCUGUAUAGCUAAAAAUUAGAGGUUAUAUUUUUUCCUUAAACUUGAAAAAACUGCUCCAAGAAUUUCUCUUAUAAUAAUGGUGUCUGUUUUUUGGCUUUGGAUAAUGUAAUUAUGUUUAUAUAGGUGUUUGUAUUUUUGAAUAUUUAUAGUUUUGGCAAAUUUCAUAUUUUAUAAGUUUUUCUUUUUUUUCAUUUUAAAGGAUUUUUUUCAUUAUUAAAGUACAUUGAUUACUUGUAAUCCUUUAUAAUUAGUAUCUCUAUUAAGAGUACUCUGUAGUGGGGCUGGAGAGGUGGCUCAGCAAUUAGUACCUGCUGUGUCUAGCAGCCUUAAUCCAGCUUUCAUCUCAGGAGACAGAGGCUGAUGAAUCCCCAAGUUCAAGGCUGGCCAGGUUUAUAGAAGGAGUUCCAGGACAGCCAGGGCUACACAGAGAAACCCUGUCUCGGAGAGGAGAAGGAAAACAAACAAACACUUGCUGGUCUUGUAGAGUUAGUUCCCAGUACCCACGUGAUAGCUCGUAACUGUCUGUAACUCCCGUUCUAGCUCAUGCAAUACCUCUUCCAGCCUCCAUGAGCACUGGGCUCGCACAAGGCACACAUGCCUACACUGACUAAAACACCCAUAUACAUGAAAUAAAAAGGAGUCUUUUUUUGUUUUGGCUUUUGGUUUUUCAAGACAGGGUUUCUCUGUAUAGCCUUGGCUGUCCUGGAACUCACUUUGUAGACUAGGCUGGCCUUGAACUCAGAAAUCUGCCUGCCUUUGCCUCCUGAGUGCUGGUAUCAAAGGCGUGCAUCACCACACCCGGCUGUUUUGUUUUGUUUUCUUUUCUUUUCUUUUUUUUUUCAUUAAUUUGUUUUCUUUUGGUUUUUUUUUUUUUUAAAGAUUUAUUUAUUUAUUAUAUGUAAGUACACUGUAGCUGUCUUCAGACACUCCAGAAGAGGGUGUCAGAUUUUGUUACAGAUGGUUGUGAACCACCAUGUGGUUGCUGGGAUUUGAACUCCGGACCUUUGGAAGAGCAGUCGGGUGCUCUUACCCACUGAGCCAUCUCACCAGCCCCCUUUGUUUUCUUUUAAGGGUAUUUUUGCCUGGUAUAGUGGUGCAGAUCUUUAAUCCUAGCAUUCAGGAGGCAGAGGCAGGUGGAUCUCUGAAUUCAAGAGACCAGCCUGGUCUACAGAGCCUAGUCCCAAGGAUAACUAGAGCUAUACAGAGAAACCCUGUCUCCACAAAAUCAAACAGGCACACACACACACACACACACACACACACACACACACACACACACACACACACACACACCCCUAUACUUAACCUUCAGUAUUACCAAAAAGAAAAGGGGAAAUACAUUAGCCUUUUAUGUGGCACAAGUCUGUAAUGCCUGUCCUUGAAACCUCAAAAGGUCAUCUUUAGCUACAUGACAAGUUCCAUAACAGCCUGGAUACAAAAGUUGCUGUCUCAAAAAUCAAAUAAUUAAGAAUUAAAAGCUAGAUGGAGCUAGUGAUUUAACUUAUUUGUUAGAAUGCACACAUGCCUACACUGGCUAAAACACUCAUAUACAUGAAAUAAAAAUGAGUCUUUUUUUGUUUUUGUUUUGUUUUUUGGUUUUUCGAAACAGGGUUUCUCUGUAUAGCCUUGGCUGUCCUGGAACUUACUUUGUAGACCAGGCUGGCCUCAAACUCAGAAAUCCGCCUGCCUCUGCCUCCUAAGUGCUGGGAUUAAAGGCCUAUGCCACCACCACACCAGCUUACAGAAAGUAUAUGUAGACCAUGCUGUCCACAAAUUCAGAGACCCAUCUCCCUCUACCUCCCAAAAUGCUUCCUGCCUAUAAUCCCAGCACUUGAAAAGUGGACACAGAUGAUCAGGAGUUUAAAAUCAAUAUCUCCUGUAAGUAUUCCUUGGAUGGAAGGAUAUCCUGGGAGGGAAGGGAUGAAUCCAGGAGUGGUUGCCUCUGCUCCUGGGAGAGGAUAGAAGGGCACUAGACAAGGCGGUUGGGGGCAGCUUAUAUAGGAUUUCAUAGAGGGUGGGGCUUUUCAGGGCAGAGGUUUUUAUUUUUAUUUUUUUGGUUUUUCGAGACAGGGUUUCUCUAUGAAGCCCUGGCUGUCCUGGAACUCACUUUGUAGACCAGGCUGGCCUGGAACUCAGAAAUCUGCCUGCCUCUGCCACCCGAGUGCUGGGAUUAAAGGCAUGCGCCACCAACGCCCAGCUCAGGGCAGAGAUUUUGAUUUGACAGUUGGUAAGACUUCAAGUCCUGCGUUUGGGGAGCUCAGGGACUGGUGGGCUUCCCUGUCCUUGGUUUGGUGGGUUUUUGUGAGAAGUACAGAGAUUGGUAGGUUUUUUGGCUCAAGGAUUGGUGGCUUUUUUUUUUCCACCCUCUCUUUUCUGCAUCAGGUUCAUGGGUUAGGAAUGGCUUUGGCUGAGGUACCACCUCUGUGGAGCUACUGGAGAGGAGACAUUGCCACCGCGGACAGCUCCUGUGGUGCUAAUUCAUGAAGUUCAUAGGCUGAGGCAGGAAAGGUGCCACCACCAUGGACAGCUCCUACGACUGCACCUCUAGCUAGUAGCAGGCAGAAUUGGGAAAGGAUGUGUUGCCACAGUGGAAAGCUACUCGUGACAGUAUCAGGGUAAGACAUGGCUGUUUGGCAGGUACUGGCAUUUUAACAGCUCAUGUUGAGGCAUCUUAUGGGUAGGUUGGAGCAGGAAGAAGGAGCCAGCAACUGCUUUGACAGCUUGCCCAGAGUCUACAUCUACUACACACCAAGUCGAAGGCCAGCCUGGGCUACAGGAGAUCCUAUUUCAAAAACAGAGACCGAGGAUUUCAUUCAGGAGAGUGUUCAUCUAGCAUGCACAAAACCCUGGGUUUGAUCCUAAGCAUCUGUCUAAACUUAAUGUGGUGCACCACAGUGGUUAUACUUUUUAUUGUCAUUCAGACGCCUUGUCAAGUUCUUCCAGGCCAUAGCCACCGCCAGUUCUCCCUAUUCACAAAUUGUGAUAUGAGCAAACACAGUUGUACACAAGAGAUUAUCCUAACAUCUCUCCUUUAUAGUCCAAUAAAAGUCUAAUUUCUCUAAUGCCAAUUAACUACAUACAAUAAGAACAAUAAUGAGAACUGUCAGGUAGGAAUUACAUUCAGUGUCUAAUCAUCUCUGUUUGGCAACUUUGGAAAAAGUACCCCACUAUCCUAACUUGGUGAAUCUAAAGUUCUGUAUUUAAAUCACUUUCUACCAUAAUUGUAUGAAUCAACCUAAAAACAUCAUUAUUCUCAUUGUAUGAUAAUAUCAGUUGUGCUGAGGUCUGGGGCCCUGUUAACAGUAGCAAUGAAAAGAUGGCUAGCUAUGCAGCUAUCCUAACACCAUUUAAUAAAAUAUUUUACCACUAUUGAUUGGUGAUGCCUUGAUUAUCAUAUACUAAAUUGUUAGUUUUUUAUCAUUUCAGUUUGUAGGAGGCAGAACAAUGAACCCUUAAUGUCUACAUUUGUAACCCCAGAAAUGUAAUAAUGUUACUCUGUUUAGCCAUAGAGGUUUUGCAGAUAUAUUAGCUGGGCAGGCAUGCUAUCACAUACCUGUUAAUCCCAGCACUCAGGAGGCUAAGCAGAGAGGAUUGUUCCCUAGGCAACAUACUGAGACUGCCUUUAAAAAGCAAAAUAAAAUUCAGAGAGAAGAUUACAUUCCUGCUGAUUCAAAUCUGAUUGAGCUUGCUUCCCUGGAACUUCAGGUCAUUGGGUUACAGAUGUGGGUCAGUUGAAUACUUGCCUAGUUCAGGAACUCAGAGUUUGAUGCUCUGCUCAGUACUACAUAUACCAGUCAUAGUGGUAAGUUCCAGUAGUCCCAACACUCAGAAGGGUCCAAGUUCCAAGUAUCUUCAUCUACAAUGCAAAUUUGAGGUAAGCCUGGGCUACAUAUACCAAUUAAAGAACAGACAUGACUAAGAUUGUAUAGUUCAAUAUUUUUCCAAUUACAGUUAUAUUUUUAGGAAUUGUUGGUUCUCUUUUAGAAUUCUAGUUCAUCUUUUUUCCCAGUUCUUAGGUUUUUGGUUUUUGAAGAAAAGUACUCAGACUAGUUUAAGCAUUUUGGGAUGUAUGGGUUGUGCUAAAUUACCAAAAGCAACACCCAUGCUGCUGGGCCUCUGAAGAAGUGGAAAGAUCUGAAAAGUGAUAAGAACGAAAAGCAAGUUUUUGGGUCUUGGGGUAUUUGUUUCUUCUACCCCUUUCUAUCUCAAUUUAACUGAGAAUGAAUAAACCUUUUCUUGUUUGACA